UCUGCAGGAGUUCGAGGCCGAGUACCAGGAGCUCUGGGACUGGCUGAUGGACAUGGACGCCAUGGUGAUGGACAGUCACCAGCUGAUGAUGUCAGAGGAGCAGAGACAUCAACUCUUCAAGAGCAGCCACGCCGAGCUGAUGAUGAUGGAGAGCAGGAAGACGAGCCUGCUGGGCCGAGCCGAGUCUCUGAAGAGGAGCGGCGUCGAGCUGCCCGGCAACUUCCACUGCAAAGUACACAACCUGACGCACACGUGGAGGCAGCUGGAGAAAAUCCUCUCGGACCAUCCCGGCCCCAGUCCCUCCCAGCAGAACCAGUCACUGGCCAACGUUGACGCUCUGCUGGCCGGUGGUCGCGGCGCCGCGGUGGACAACCCUCGCUCGGCCCUCUCCCCGCUGACUAACUCUCUCCUGGAGCAGCUGGAGGCUCACAUUAAAGAUCUGAAGGCUUGGCUGCGAGACACCGAGCUGCUCAUCUUCAACUCGUGCCUCAGACAAGACAAAGACGCCUCAGAGCAGCUGCAGAGCUUCAAGUCUCUGUGUGCGGAGGUGCGAGCUCGACGCAGAGGAGUCUCCUCCGUUCUGAAACUUUGCCAGAAGCUGCUGCAGCAGAGUCAGUCCGGCCCCAUGGCGGAGGUGGGCCCCGAGGCGGAGCAGCACCGGGAGGCCCUGCAGCUGCUGUCAAUCAACUUGGAGAGGAGGUGGGAGGCGAUCGUGAUGCAGGCGCUGCAGUGGCAGAACCGACUGAAGAGAGAGCAGCAG